UUGUAAAGUUAUCCCCUGCGAUGGAGUCAUAUUUUUGCUUAUCAAAUUUUGAUCAUAUUUUCGUUGGUAAUCCGUUAAAAUUAUGUCAAUUGCCUAUCGUUUCUCAAUUCGGUCGUGGUCAUUGCAGAAAAGCGCCGGUCGUUUGACAAAAUUCGUUUGAAAAUAUUGUUUUUGUGUCCGCCGUCGACCCUGGAGACAUCUUGUGAUUAAAAAGCACCGUUUCGACAAGAUUGUUCACUUUCUGGUUUUGUCAUUGUGCGAAACAGUAACAAAAUUAGUAUUGGUGCUAAGUAAGACCCGCAAACAUGGAUGUGUCGUGGGACGCAGACAAUUUUGAGCCUAAGCUCCCGACCACGUUGACAUCGUCGGAUAAAUGGGAGGGCGAAGACGAGGAAGACAACGUCAAGGAAAGUUGGGAAGAUGAGGAAGAGGAAAAGAAAGAUGAGGAGAAAAAAGAUCUUCCCCCAGCUCCCCCAAAACCGAAAAAGAAAAUACAGGAUAAAAUAGCUGAAAAAGAGCGGCUGGAACGUGAGAAAUUAGAGAGACUUAAUGUAGAGAAGCCCGAAGAGCUCACACCUGAAGAGAAGCAAGCCGAGAAACUACGUCAGCAGAAAUUACAAGAGGAAUCAGACCUUCGGCUAGCUAUGGAGGCAUUUGGCGUGACGGAAGGCAGUGCUGGCAAAAUUGAUAGCUUCCAUCCAAAUACAAAGGCGGAGUUCACUGAGUUUGCGGAAAUGCUCAGCAAGAAGAUAAAUUUCUAUAAAAACAAAGAGGAAUUCCCGGCCUUUGCUGAAGAUUUAGUGAGGAAUAUAAUUGUUCAAAUGCAUUCGGGCGAUAUAAAAAGGAUAAAACUUUGCGUUGACAACCUUUAUAUUGAAAAACAAAAGGCUGAGAAGAAUGAAAAGUCAAAGAAGCCUACAAAGGGCAAGGGGAAGGCAAAAUUAAAAGUGGAAGGGGACAAUGCUCAUCUGAACCAAUAUGACUCAUAUGGCAAUUUCGACGACGACUACGACGAUUUUAUGUGAGCAUCACACCACGUAGCUGCGCUCUAAUCGCGAAUGCGUAAAACGGAACAUCACAUAGUGUCAACUCUUUCUCACCGCUUCAAUUUAGCAUCGGUUAAAAAGGGAUGCGAACACUCGAUAUUCCGUUUUACGUGUAAAAUAUUAAAGGUAUGGUACCUGAUUUCCGAACGAGCGAAUUGUCUGAAUUGCCUUCACAAUAUUAAUAUUUUAUCCACAUUAAUACACAUGUCUGUUAUUUCCAUUUAAUGAUACAUAAAAUGUAUAUUUAGAUUUGCCAUAGAAAUGUAAGUACUUAAAGUGAAACUGAGGUAUGUCACAAAAUAAAAUAGACUAUACCAAUACACAAUCAUUUUAUGGAUAAGCAAUUGUGCUGUUAUUAAAUUAUUUAGUUUUAUUUGUGUAUGUCCAUUUAACGUCUCAUGUUCGUACAUCAGGUACUGUGAAUUGCGUAUAGCCUAUUAUACAUAUAUACACAAUGUAAUAUACAGUCGUUUCAUUGUACGGUUAUGGUCCGAUGUUAUGUUAUUAUAGAUAAUAAAUUUUUUAUUGUGAUAAUA